UCUCCCUAUGGCCUGUGUGGGGUUUCGUCUGGGUGCUCUUGUUUGCUCCUGCAUGUCCAAGGCAUGCUAAUGGCUGGAAAUGAGUGGAACCUGACAGUAACACAAUCCCCAUCACACCUCAAUGCAGUGGAAGGAGACACAGUUACCCUCAUGUGUCAUAUUGUGAGCAGUGGCUUAGACACGAGAAUAGAAUGGCAUAAAACAUGGCAGAAGGCAAAGACAUCACUGCUCACCUCCAAAUGGAAUAUGACUAAGUAUUACUCUUUAGCUGAAAGAAUGGAACAUACUUUCAAUGAAACAUCGAGUUUACUGACUAUCUUUAAUGUGACACUAAAUGAUACUGGGCGAUAUAUCUGUGAAGCAAGCAUUGAGAUUCCACCACCUGUGUUUAAAAAAUCUGGCAAUGGGUCUUAUCUGCAAGUACAAGAUACCUCAGAGGAUUCAGAAUCAAAUGCAGGUGUCGCAAUGUGGAUCUUGAGUGGUUUGUUAUCAAUUAUUGGAUUGCUGAUGUCAGUUUGCAGUCUGUUUUUGAUCAAAAGAUUAAUGUGUCGCAAAAAAGAGGAUCCUACGUACAUCAAUGUGCAAUUUAGAAAUAAAGCAAGGAAAAACAGCUGGCUCACAGGACAACAAAACACAAGAUAUGUAGCCUCAGGCAGAUGUGGAUAUCCUAAAACCACUACAUCUAAGUCGCUGCACAGACUGGAAAGAGACCUGAAAUGAAAUAAGUCUGAAUGUCCAUAGAUAACGUAAUCUGAGAUACACAAAAUACUGGGAAACAGCAUCUUUUGAUGCAGUGGAUGACAACUUGAACACCCAUCUGGAGUCACAAGAGACGGCAGAUACUGAAAAGUGGAGCAACACACAAGACCCCAGAGGGAUUCAUUGGAUCACAUAGCCUCUUUGGAGAAAAAUGGACAGUUGAUACUUCAGAUCUAGAUCCUUCAUCUGUACUGCCUGAUGUGUGAAUAAUGUGGUGUUGUGUGCCUAUGAUGAGGUCUGUGAUAUAGGAUUAGAGCUGUGGGCAGAGAUGAAGACUCUUCUCUUGCCACUGAGAGAGAAAGAGAAGGUACGGUGAUGUUUACCCUAUGCCUGUGUUCUUCAGUGAUUACCGUCAAGAUUGUGAUCAUCAGGUUUCCUGUUCCUUAUUGUGAUUGUUUAUCUGUGAACCAUUGUAUCUUUUGUUUCAAACUGUCUGUAAAGGAGCUGUUCUUUGUGAGGUACAUCCUCCAUUGUGUAUACUCGAAAAUUAUAUCAAAUAAUGUAAUUAAUGUGAACUCGCUCAAGAAGCUGUUGGAUUCUGUCCAGCCAGCCUGGGCUGCCGUUGAUUGCUGUCCAAUACCUCCUGAAGGAGAGAGCUUGUGAAUUCAUACCAGGAUUAGGCUCAGUUGUGAUAUUUAUUGAGAUAGAGCACAGAAUAUGUCCUUUUUGCUCUUCAAGCUGUGCCACCCUGCAUCCCUCGACUUAACCAUAGCCUAAUCACAGGACAACUUACCUUGACUGUGGGAGGAAACUGGAGCACCUGAAGAAAACACACGCAUUCCAUGGGCAGAACGUACUGACUCCUUCCAGAUGACGUCAGAAUUGAACUCUGAACUCCAACAUCCUGAGCAAUAGUAGUGUUGCUCCAAUCGUUAUGUCAUUAUGGCGCCCACAGUCAAAUAACCCAAGGAGUAUAGUUGAUGUAAUAUUUCUCUACCAUCUUCAGCAGUCAAUGAGAUUGAGUCUGAUCCUUGUCCCUUGGAUCCAUUUCCCUCGCCCACCAAAUGGCCUGAUUUACUUGUUGUCAAAGCCACUGUCUCGACUCUCAACUUGCUGCUGUCCAAAUCCACAAGGAUUGUGGAGACCUGGACAGAAUCUGUAGUUGAAAUAAUCCUUUAGGGUACUCCUGUUUUGCCCAAUUUAAAGUGGCCAAUUAGCCCACUAUCAUGUAUGUCUUUGUGAUGUGGAAAGAGGCGAGAGCACUUGGAGGGAACCCCUGUGGACACAAGGAGAACGUGCCAACUCCACACAGACAGCACUGGAUGUCAGGACUGGUCCCAGGGCACUGGAGCUGUGAGGUACCAGAUUCCCAAUCUGCGUCACCGCCUCUGUCU